AAAGCUAACAGACUCAAUAUUAACUAUCGUCUGUUGGACAUACAAAAGCUCACAACAACCACAAUUGAUAGUAUCAAGAAGAUACAUCUCCUGUUCCGAAUUGUAUAACUUCAGCAUAAUAACCACAUACAUCAUGUCGAGCCCGCUGUUCGGCAUUGUCCCUGCGGGUCAAUCAUUGAUCACGGAACCUUCAUCGACCCCCUCACCAACUUCACUACUCUAUGCCCUUCCCACCUCAAAACCGUUUUCUCACAUCGUCGUAUUUAUGCUGCCUGGAAUUACACUACCGCCAAACACCGCUGCAGCAAUUUACCUCGCCACAGCCACUGAUGUCGCCGCUGCUGCUCAAACAGGCGGCACACCCAAUUUCCGCUUCCUCGGUGGCAUCGGCCCAGGAAAAGAGAGUGCCAUGUUCAAGGUCAGUGGUGGAGGCGAGGCUAGUGACCUAGUGAUCGGAGUGUCUGUUGAGCCGGAGGAAUCCGUGGGCCAGCGAUUGCAGGAACUUGCUGCCAACAAAGUCAGCAACCCAUCAAGUGGUCAACCGAGCACUGCUAUUUUGGCACAGCGCAUUAUCCAAAACGCAUUCAAUUUUCUAUCAAGCUUCAGCGGCACCGCGGGACCCGGUGGUGUUGAGGUCGUGCCUCUCAAAGCCUUUGAGAACUGGUGGCGCAAGUUCGAGUCAAGAGUUCGAACAGAUCCUAGUUUUCUUGAGAAGCAGACCGAUUAGUACGGGCCCAGACUGCAAUGGGCGAGCUGUUCUUUGUCAGAAAGAAGGAUACUCUGGUCACUUGAAGUUACAUAUUCGGGCAAUCUGCGAAAAAUGGUUUAUACAUAGCAGGGUUGGUAUAUGAGGUUAGGUCUUGGAACCGCAUGAUUUACGGGCGUCUUGUUAAGAGCAACUACGAAGAAUCAAGAAUGUUUGAAGGGCAACCAAUGAAUAUUUACACAAACAAUUAUCGUUUUAUAGUGACCCCUGGGUACAAGUUGUGAUAUAAAUUCGAAAUAGC